UGACUUGUUGGAUAACUUCGAUCUCGUGCUGCCCGAGAUGUUGACCUGGAAUUAUCAGACAGACUCAGGAGCCGCUUGGGUCAAGGCUGUGAAGACGUUUUAUUUCAACGACGAUUUUACAACAAACUCGACUGAGCUGCUCACGAACCUAACUCGUCUUGUUGGCGACGCUAACUUCAUCUAUCCAACCUUGGACGGACUCCAACAGCAGCUUCCUCUGGCUGUGAAUCCCCAGUACUUUUACUUGUUCAAUUAUCGAGGGACCUACAGCCUCGCUGCGGGAAUACCCGACGCCGUUAUGCACACCGACGAUGUCAUCUACCUCUUUCCACUGAGGUCGAUCGUGGGAGGUGAUAAUUUGACUGACACUGAUUUUGAAAUGGUGGACAACAUGGUGCAACUCUGGACAUCAUUCGCGAUCAAUGGGACACCAACGGUCUUGGCUUCUGAGGAAAAUGUCACAUGCACUGAAUACUCGACGAUGGACAAUUAUCUACGAAUAGGCAACCAGUCCGAAGUUACGCUGUCGAUGGAGUACUCUCUUUUUAAAGAGCGCAUGGAGUUUUGGGCAAAUUUGGUCCAUGCCGAAGCGUCUGCAGCUACCUUGACGAACACCUCGGCCGGAACCUUAGCCCCUUAACUUAUCUGCUCAAAGCUCAUAUAACCGAUUUUGCGCUGGCAAAUGUAAAAAGUACUUUGUUUAUGAUAAUUAUAACUUCCUGGGACGUGUUUCUUUCUUCUAAGGAACUAAGUCGGCAAUACAUUAAUACUUUCAUUAGACUUCCUCACGAGACAGUCAUGCAUUGAGUGUUUAUCAAGUUAUAAAAUUCAUAAGCUAAGAAAAUCUGUUCAUACGGAUCAAAUUUGCAAGUAUGUUUGAGCGGUAUGAAUCGAAGCAUCGAUAUCUGGUGGUGAACUUUUUUUCAUAAUUCCAGUAUCUAUUUGUUUUGUUUCUGUAACGAGAUCUCAAUAGCUUACUAUUUGCUUAUACGUAUCACAAUUAAUAAAAAGUAUCGAUUACGGGCCCAGCUGAAGGAUUUUUUAGCAUAGAAAAUCAGUAACGUCAAGUUCUUGUGUAUCGUUCACAAAAAUAUUCAAUCAAUAUCUCCAAGGAAUUAUCUUAGAAAUUAAAAUAUAUAACACACACGCACAAAGACAACUAUAUAUUAUAUGUAUAUUUUAUAUACAUAUGUAUAAAAUUCACACGGGUUCAGGAAUUUAAACCCUCGCGACUCUCGUGUGGACCCCUUAAGGCUUCAAUAAGUGAAAAAGAGCAAUUUUGUUUGGCUACAAUAAUCCUAAAAACAGUAAAGAUCAGCUCUUGGACUUCAUCGC